AUGGCGGUAUCACUGGCAGAUGACAUUGAAAACAAAAUGGAAAUCCCCAACAAUAUUAUGAAGGCAAUAGACGCCGACUCGCCGUUCCAGCUCGACACGGGAGAUGCUGAAUACGCAAAUAAAUGUCUUAUACUCAAUGGCGCGAUACAGAAAAUUGGGAUGGGGAAGUACCAAUGGCGUUUGUUCAUGGUAACCGGGUUUGGAUACUUCUCUGGCAAUGCCUGGAUGGUAGCUACCAAUUUGAUACUCCCUACCAUCACACCGGAGCUCACGUCAAGCUCACGCCUCCCAUAUCUCACACUUGGCCAGAAUAUUGGAUUGCUGGUUGGCGCUGCAUUCUGGGGGGUGGCCGCUGAUAUCUGGGGACGGAAGAUAUCAUUCACCCUUACACUGCUGAUGAUAGGCAUCUUCUCUCUGUGUGGUGUAUUUUCCAAUGACUACCCAACGCUCAUCGGAUUAGGGGCGGCAUGGUCUGUUGGGGUAGGCGGCAAUUUGCCUGUCGAUUCUUCGAUCUUUCUGGGCCGAGGAAAAGACCUAGAAGCCAUUUCCGUCGUAAAAAAGGUCGGGGAGGUCAAUGGUAAAGAAGUCGAGUUGAAUGUGGAUGCCCUCGCAAGCACAGGAGAUCAUACCGACAAGGUAAAAAUCAACCAGCCACACGACACUGGUGAUCACGUAGCGAAGGAAGAAAAAUCAACUAUACUUCUGACGAAAUGUAUGCCCACGACCACAUUAGGGACAUCAAGUGCUAUAAUGUACGCCAAAUUUGCUAUCCUUGAUUGGAACCGCGUCAAGCCGCUUUUCGCCACGAAGAAGCUUGCAUAUUCCACGAGUUUGUUGAUCAUUCUUUGGGGUACGAUGUCUUUCCUGUUAUUCUGGGACACUUUGUACAUCGACUUCCCUUAUUAA